CAAGUCAUCAUCAUCAUGUUGAUGGUGCUCUAUGUGCAGGGAAAGGAGGAGGGGAAAAAGCCGAUGCAUCUGCUCUUAGAUGAGCCAGUUGCUUUGUUUCAUGGCAAUUUGGUGCGGAAGCUAUUGAACUACCUGAAGAAGGAACAAUUCUGUGUUGUGCUUGCAUGCCAUGCAGUAGACACGUUAAUGGCAUGCAGUCGCAUCAUAUCACUUGAUGGUGACAAUCCCCGCAUCAUUCCAAAAGAUGUCAUGUCAGCACUCGGCACUUUGUUUAGGGGAAGUGACCAUACCACAAGGUUGAUGGAGUUUUCCAAAACCCUUAAAACAAAGUGCAUUCUUAUUGUUGAAAAUGAAACAGAUGCAGAAGUACUGAAAGCAUGGAUAAAGAAGCUCCGCAACAUUGACAUUGAUGACAAAAUUGUUGUGCACUGUAACAGUACAAGACCAACACCCGAUGUUGUAGGAAAGCUGGUUGGGUUUCUGGAUAAAAAUCUGUUCCAUCAGGAUGAGAAAUGUGAGAAAGAACAGGAGAAGGCAAAAGUAUUCAUCCUCACUGACAGGGAUUACAAGGCAGACAUGGCUCUGGAAAAGGAGCAACGCAUAUUGCGGGAAAACACAAAGAAGUAUGUUCGAAUCAAAGUAGAGUGGUAUUGUUACCAAAAAAAUGAACAGGAAAACAACUUCCUGUCUGCCACAGCACUGAAGUCUUACCUCGAAGAGAAGGGAGGAAAAACAGAAAGUAUGGAGAAAAUAGAAAAGUUAGAUGACCUCCUGAGGAAACACUGCCGUGCCUUCAGCAUCAGGGAGAAAUAUAUGAACAGUGUUCGGAAUAUUCUAAAGGAAAAAGGUGGUAAAGACAAGCUCAAGGAUCCCGAAUUUCAUCAAGUGACUGAAGAUGAGACCAAAGAGUGGCUGGCACAACCCUCUUCAUUCACUGACGCCAAGGGAGUGUUGAAAGAGCUAGGAGUUGAGGAAGAACCACAAUCGUACAUCCGAAUUAUACAUCACUUCCUACGGGAAGAAAUUGAUUCGGAGAUCAAAGCCCUAGCUGACAAAGUUUUAAAAUUCUUCAAUAUAGGACAGCCAACAGGUGCAGCUAGUGCCGCUUCUCCCAGUGAAGAGACAGGCAGUCCACAGCAAGAUGACUCAGCUUCAAGUAAACAGGGCACCGAGACAGCUGCAGCUGAAGGACAGGGCACCAAAAGCGAGGAUCCAGAUUUGGACUAGCUGACCUGUUGCACAUGUGACAAGAGCCGACCAGCCAGAUGUUGACGUUUGAGGAGGCUGUUCUGUUCAACCUGCUGGAAGAGUGAUAGAAAGAGAAUCACUGAAUGUCUUGAAACCAGACAGAAAAUAUGGCCAGUUGGUUAAGUGAGAAGAAAUUGAACAUUUUACAUUAUUAAUUUGUAAUAUAUUAUGGUCUCACAUUAAGAGUAAGGCUGCACAUCCUCCUUACGCAGAUUCCUAACUUGUAGCACUCUAGAAUGCUGAUUUGUUAUUAAUAUGACUUUUAGAUUUGAUAUAAGAUAGCGAAAACUUGUGGCUUGUGUAUUUGACUCUUCAUAGAAUAACAGACAUAUAAUUAGUACAGGCAUGUCUGGACCACAGCUUGGAAUGUAACAAAUCUUAUUUGAUAAGUACAUGUAGCUGUUGGUAAAAGUAGGAACAAGCGGAGGUUUCAACCUGACUGAAUUCCUAACUUAAAGCAGUCCUAAUUAACUUGGACCAAAGGUUUAGAAGAAUGUAAAAAACUUAAUAUCAUCAUCGGAUGAUUCAAUCAGAUUGAACUCCUAACUUGUAUGUUGUGGUACUGCUUACUACAAGGCUGAGUAAGUCUAAGUUUUAUUUGAUUUUGAUGAAUAGUCUUUUAGAUUUGAUUACAGACAAGUUGUGAAUUGUGCCUCUUGAUGGAUAAAUUGCAAACAAGAAGGCAAUGUACAUGUAUGUCUGGACCAAAGGUUGAGAAUGUGAAUAUCAGCCGAUGUCAGUAAGUGUGCCGUUGGUUUUAGGAUCAGGGAGGUUUCAAUCAGAUUGAAUUCCUGCAGUCUACAAGGCUGAUUAAGUCAAGUUUUAUUUGUUUAGCUAUCUUUUAGAUUUAUUGUCAGAUAGAGAUAAGAAUAUGAUGUACAUGUAUGUCUCGAUCAGGACCAAAGUUGCAAAUUCCAUUUAGUACACAAAAUGUAUUUUGAAUUCUUCCUAUCAAACUAUGAGCAGUGACGACACAAAAUUUAAGACCUUGUAAAAAGAUGAUUGAUAUUUUUAUCUAGAUGGAACCCAUCAAAUGGUAUUUUCGAUAGUAAAGGGCCACUGAGUGGUAAAAAAUCAAAUGUUGUAACAUAUAUGUAUUUCUACUGUAACAAUAGGGUGUACAAAUAAGGCCAGAGCAUCUGGUAUUGUAACUAAGACUUGUACUUUUAUAAAUGAAGUUUUGAACAAUAUUUGGAAUACACAGUGUGGACAAAACUACAGUGUAGCUUACGUUGAUGAAGGUUAGGGUUGAAGGUUACGGUUGUUGAACAGGUUUUUCUAGUUCUAAUUUCCUGUAC